GAGACGCACGCGAAACUUGUUGUUGUUGUCUUAUUUUUCUUGUUGUUCUUAUUGAGCGCUAAAAUAUCGUGUUUGUCAAAACUGGUUAAUGAAUAUCUUUGAAAUCAAUGUUUUGGUGCUCGAGGCUGCCGGGCGCAACAGUAAAGUUGGGGGUGUACCCCGCCUCUUGCCCGAAGACAGCUGGAAUAGGCUCCAGCAUAGGCUCCAGCAUACAAAGAAAAUGGAUGGAUGGAUGUUUGUGUGAUUGAACUUGUUUUGUUGAAAAUGUGGCGGCCUGUCUGAGUUUCCAUCAUGCACGUAGCUUUGCUGGUGCUGUUUGUUUACUUGGGUUCCUUGUUGGGAGCACAUCUACCAUAUAAAAACCCAGGUGACAUCACCGGUGCUCACCCCUUCCCUUGGGACCAGAUGAGACUCCCCAAAACGGUCUUCCCUGUCCACUAUGAAAUAACCAUUCACCCCAACUUGACCACCUUGGACUUCACGGGUGUUGUUCGCAUCCAGCUGGAUGUACGUAACGAUACCAACACAAUUGUUCUCCACGCCAAGCAGUUGAAGACCUUCAAUGUGAAACUCUGGACACCGGAGAGUGUGACGGCUCUGCGGGUUCUGGAAAAUCCUUAUUAUCAGCAAAUUGCCUUGCUCUCAGACGAGGUGUUGACCAAAGGGAAGUACUACGAGGUGCAGUUGGAGUUUUCCGCCAAGCUUUCCGACAGCUAUCAUGGGUUUUAUAAGAGCAGCUACCGUACAAGCAGUGGAGAAGUCCGGAUCCUAGCAUCCACGCAGUUUCAAGCGACCUUUGCCCGAACUGUCUUCCCUUGUUUUGACGAGCCCGCCUUCAAAGCCAACUUCACAAUCUCCAUCAUUCGAGAGCCGCGUCACAUCGCCAUAUCCAACAUGCCUAAGACAAAAACAGUACAGUUGCCUGGAAAUAUGCUUGAGGACCUCUUUGGCACCACAGUAAAGAUGAGCACAUACUUGGUGGCCUUCAUUGUGUCUGACUUUGAAUCUGUGAGCAGGAACACCCAGCACGGCGUUAAGAUUUCCGUGUACACUGUACCUGAGAAAAUCAACCAGACAGGCUUCGCACUGGAUGUUGCUGCCAAGCUGCUGGAUUUCUUCAGCAGUUACUUCAAUAUUGCUUAUCCGCUGCCGAAACAGGACUUGGCUGCUAUCCCUGGCUUCCAAGCAGGAGCGAUGGAGAACUGGGGCCUGACUACCUACGGAGAGGCAGCCCUUCUCUAUGACCCCGACCAAUCAUCCGUCUCAGACAAACUGCAGAUCGCCAAGAUCAUUGCUCAUGAACUUGCACACCAGUGGUUUGGCAACUUAGUGACAAUGGAGUGGUGGAAUGACCUGUGGCUCAAUGAGGGUUUUGCCAAGUUUAUGGAGUUAAUUUCUCUCGAUGUCACCUAUCCGGAGUUGCAGGCGAAUAACUUAUUCUUGGGGAACUGUUACAAUGUCAUGGAGAUUGACAGUCUCAGCUUAUCCCAUCCCAUCUCCACCUCUGUGGAAACCCUCACAGAGAUCCAAGAAAUGUUUGACGAGCUGUCUUACGACAAGGGAGCGUGCAUUCUGAAUAUGAUAAAAGACUUCCUGACACCCGAGGCUUUUGAGGUCGGGAUCAUCCGCUACUUGAAGCGAUACAGCUACCGAAACACUGUCAGCAGCAACCUGUGGGAAAGCCUGAUUGAUUAUACUGACAAGUUCAAUGUCAAGACCAUCAUGGACACGUGGACGCUGCAGCAGGGCUUCCCGCUGGUCAGUGUGACCGUCAGAUCCCGCAAAGUCAAGCUCACUCAGGAGCGCUACCUGAAAAUAGCGGACACCACCUCCUCUAAAGAGUUGAAAUGGUCAAUCCCUCUUACCUACAAGACGAGUGCCUCCAACAUAACACAACACCACCUGAUGAAAUCAAAAGCGGACAUGCUGCGCUUACCAGAUGAAGUUGAGUGGUUGAAAUUCAACGUGGACAUGAGUGGCUACUACAUUGUCCACUAUACCAAUGACGGUUGGCGCUCCAUUAUUAAACUGCUGCAGAACAAUCACAUGGCGCUCAGCGGCAAAGACCGAGCCAGCCUCAUACACGACGUCUUCCUGCUAGCCAGCAUUGGGAAGGUUGGCCUGGAAACUGCUCUUGACCUGUCUACGUAUCUUUCCAAAGAGACUGACAUCGUGGCUGUGAGUCAGGGCCUCGGACAACUCUUACUUAUCUAUAAACUGAUAGAGAAGAGAAAAAUUGGUCAUCUCGAAAAAAGCAUGAAGAUUUACAUUGUGGAACUCUUCAAGGGCUUGAUCAACCAACAGAAGUGGGAUGACUCGGGUACUGUGUCACAGCGAAUGCUGCGCAGCAACCUGCUGCUCUUUGCCUGCGUCAGGAACUUCACUCCUUGCGUAACUACAGCCAGCCAGCUGUUCAACAUGUGGAAAGCCUCGGAUGGCAACAUGAGCCUCCCCGUUGAUGUCACCAUGGCUGUGUACGCUGUCGGGGCUCAAACAUCGGAAGGGUGGGAUUUCCUGUUUGAGAAGUACCGCCGGUCUGUGCAAAUGUCCGUUAAAAGUCGCAUAAAGACUGCCUUGACUUUAACCCCACUACAUCAUAAGCUCCAGUGGAUGUUGGAGCAGUCUCUCCUUGGUGAGGUAAUAAAAACUGAAGAGCUUCCAGAUGUGAUGAUCUCCGUCAGCAGGAACCCCCAAGGUGACAAACUAGCAUGGGACUUCAUCCAAGCCAACUGGCAGACCUUGAUCCAAAAGUUUGGACUUGACUCCUCCUCUAUCAUGCAAAUGGUUACGGGAGUGACCUGCCAUUACUCCACAAUGGAAAUGCUGGAGUCGACAGGCAGGUGUGUGCCGCUCCCUGACAGCAGCACAAUCACACUAGACGCUGAGGGCACACCUGAGGAGAGACGUCUCCUGGCUUCACGGUCUGACUUAACGUCCAUUUCAAACACCAAGAAGCAUGUCUAUCAAAAGCAUUCCAGCGCUAGAGAUUUUCCUGGCCAUCUUCGGCAUCGGCCUCCUCAUCAUGUUCUGCACCACCUUCUGCAGGGCGUGCAGCCGCCUAAGGCAGGAGCAGAUUGAAAGGGAGGCGUGGAGGUGCAGCGAGCAAGACGGUCGCCCUCCUUCCAUAUAUUUCAUCCCCUUUCCCGGAAGGUUGUCACAGCAGGAAGAUGAAGACCAUCACAGGGGUCCUCGGUACAGUCAGGAAGUCUUCACACCUCCACAGUACAACGCCGCAGGCUACAAUGGACCCCCUCCUUCCUAUACUGAGCUGGGAUGUAAGCCUGAGGAUCUGCCGCCUGCGUACACAGAAUACAACAUCAACCCAAUCAUAGCGCCGGCUCACAUGGAUGCGGUCCAAUCUUCGACACACCCAUAAGACACUGCAGCUGUGAGCUAAUGGACACAGAGUCUGAUUAUUGCACUGGCAUCACUGGACUUUAUCUCAAAUGUGAGUGCGGGAAUGAAGAUAAGAGAAAAAUGAUGGACGCUGCUGAGUUGGCACCAAUCUCCAGUACCCUUAGAAUGGCCCUAAAGUAAUUUAACUACUGCACAGUUUGCUUUUCCAUACAUUUUUAGGAGCAAAUCAUUGUAUAAAUAUUUCUACAAAAGUAGCUGGUCUACUUGGGUGAGUAAACUCAUAAUUUUUUAUGCUCCAAAACAAAGA